AUGGGGCGUUUAGCUCCGCUAGCCCGGCAGGCCCUCACCACUGCCCUGGUGGUGAUUGUGUGUUUGAACCACGGUGUUUUGACUCGGCCCCUAGACAACUCUUUCCAGGACCCAGCGAAGCGAUCGACCGGUGAGCUUCAAAGAGAGCUAGAUCUUACGAAGACAAUCCUUCAACGAGACAGAGCUUUACAAGUUGAGACCGAAAGACACUUGGAUCUUCCGGCUCCACUGGAACGAAGAAAGGUGGAAGUGCUGGAGAAAAUGGCCCUAAACAGCGCUGACCAACUUGGACAGCCAAAACCUAACAAGCCUGACAAGCCAAGCAAUGGUGGAGGUGGUGGCGGUGGAGGUGGAGGUGGUGGUGGGGGUGGUGGCGGUGGUGGUGGUGGUGGAGGAGGUGGAGGUGGAGGUGGGGGAGGGGGAGGUGGUAACAAACCUAAACCUGACAAGCCAAAACCUAGUAAGCCAUGUGACUGCGACUGCUGCCAAAAUAAACCCGACAAGCCGAAUAAUGGAGGUGGAGGUGGGGGAGGUGGGGGAGGAGGAGGGGGCGGGGGAGGAGGAGGGGGCGGGGGAGGUGGUGGAGGAGGCAACAAACCUCAGAAACCAAACAAACCCAAACCGCCUAGUAAUGGAGGUGGAGGUGGGGGAGGUGGAGGGGGUGGGGGCGGUGGGGGUGGAGGAGGUGGAGGGGGAGGUGGAGGUGGGGGAGGUGGUGGAGGCGGCGGCAACAAACCUCAGAAACCAAAGCCCAAACCUCCUAGCAAUGGAGGUGGGGGAGGUGGUGGGGGAGGUGGAGGUGGAGGGGGAGGUGGAGGUGGAGGGGGUGGAGGAGGUGGUGGGGGAGGUGGAGGGGGCGGAGGAGGUGGAGGCGGAGGUAACAAACCUCAGAAACCAAACAAACCCAAGCCUAACAAGCCCAAACCUAACAAACCAAAGCCAAACAAACCAAAGCCGAACAAACCAAAGCCGAACAAACCAAAGCCGAACAAACCAAAGCCUAACAAACCGAAACCAUGGUAUCCAAAUUCCAGUUCUGGUAGUGGUAGUAAUAGCAAUGGAGGUGGUUGGCAAAGUGGUUGGCACAGUAAGGAAAGUGGGGGUAAGAGCUGGGGAAGUAAGAGCCACGGUAAAGGAAGUCAUGGCUGGAAGAGCAAAUACCACUCUCAUGGCAAGGGUCCAAGACACGGGAGGAGUGCUGAAAUGUCUAUGCCAGCCGUCUGGCACCAAGUGGCUUUACCAGCUUAA